GCCCACGUUUUGAUAGCUUGUUUGUUUUGAUUAGAUUUUUGCAGAAUAUUUUGUGAAUUAUCAUAGAAAUAUGCCUGUUCUGUGUAAGUCUGGAUGCGGGAAUAAAGCUAUUAUCAAGAGGCCAAAAACUGGAGAUCCAUUGUGCAAGGAAUGCUUUCUGAAGGCAUUUGAAGCUGAAGUUCAUCAUACAAUUGUCGAGAAUUCUUUAUUUACUCCGGGAAAUGUUGUGGCAAUUGCAGCCAGCGGUGGGAAGGAUUCCACAGUCCUGGCCUAUGUGAUGAAGACCCUCAAUCAGCGUCACAAUUACGGCCUGAAGUUGGUUCUCCUGUCCAUUGACGAAGGUAUCACGGGAUAUCGAGAUGACAGCCUGGAAACGGUGAAGAAGAAUCGGGAUGACUACGAAAUGCCCCUCAAGAUCCUCUCCUACGAGGAACUCUAUGGCUGGACCAUGGACAGAAUCGUGGGAGAGAUUGGAAGGAGCAAUAAUUGCACGUUUUGUGGAGUUUUCCGGAGGCAAGCUCUGGACAGAGGAGCCAAGCUCCUGGGGGUUGAUUGCAUAGCAACUGGGCACAAUGCUGAUGAUAUCGCCGAGACUGUGCUAAUGAACAUUCUGCGAGGUGAUACAGCCAGGCUCAGGAGGUGUACAGAUAUCAAGACAACUUCCGGAGAGGAUUCCAUUCCCCGAGUCAAGCCUCUCAAGUACGCCUACGAGAAGGAGAUCGUCAUGUAUGCCCAUUUCAAACGCCUGGUUUACUUCUCGACCGAAUGCGUCUUUGCCCCGAAUGCCUACAGAGGCCAUGCCAGGGCUUUCCUGAAGGAUCUGGAACGCAUCCAGCCCAGCGUCAUCAUUGACAUUAUCCAUUCGGGCGAGCAAUUGGCCUUCCGGGACGCUGUGAAAGUGCCCAAGAGAGGAACAUGCGAGAGAUGUGGCUUUGUCUCAUCCCAGCAGCCGUGCAAGGCAUGUGUUCUGCUCGAGGGACUCAACAAAGGGCUUCCGAGGCUGGGAAUCGGCAAGAAAUCCAAAGGAGAGAGAAUGAUGGCGGAGCAUGAAAAGCAACUUGUGGCCAGACUCAAUGCUCAUUCUGUGAAGAAUGAUUUUUAACGCAUAAAAUUGGGAAAAAUAAUUUAUUU